AUGGGCCUCGGCCCUCCGGCCGACCCCGAGUCCACCCCGCCGAGAAAGUCGAAAACGACCGACACCUUCGAGCUCUCAGAGAGCAGCGCAGACCUCGAGACGCCGACUUGGCCGCCGGCACUCUGCCGCGAAAACGGGGCCGACCGUUUGCACACAGCCGCGAGGCAGUGGAUCAAGCGAAAGAAGAGAAACGGGCAAGGAUUGCGGCCCGCGCCGAAGCUCAAGCACAUCCAGAGACUGGAAUAG